AGCCAUGCGGCCAUGGCUGGGAACCAGCGGUUUGGAGGAGAAGCUGGAGAUACCGAUGAUCCACCCAGGAUUACUCAGAACCCUGUUAUCAACGGGAAUGUAGCCCUGAGUGAUGGGCCCAACAACACGGAGGAAGACAUGGAGGACGACACGAGUUGGCGCUCUGAGGCCACCUUUCAGUUCACUGUCGAGCGCUUCAGCAGAUUGAGUGAGUCGGUCCUGAGCCCCCCGUGCUUUGUGCGAAAUCUGCCGUGGAAGAUUAUGGUGAUGCCACGCUUCUAUCCAGACAGACCUCACCAAAAGAGCGUAGGAUUCUUUCUGCAGUGCAAUGCUGAAUCUGAUUCCACGUCAUGGUCUUGUCACGCACAGGCUGUGCUGAAGAUAAUCAACUACAGAGAUGACGAGAAGUCCUUCAGCCGCCGGAUCAGUCACCUCUUCUUCCACAAGGAGAACGACUGGGGCUUUUCCAAUUUCAUGGCCUGGAGCGAAGUGACUGAUCCUGAGAAAGGAUUCAUUGAUGACGACAAAGUUACUUUUGAAGUCUUUGUACAGGCGGAUGCCCCACAUGGAGUUGCGUGGGAUUCAAAGAAGCACACGGGCUAUGUGGGGUUAAAGAAUCAGGGCGCGACCUGCUACAUGAACAGCCUGCUGCAGACUCUGUUUUUCACGAAUCAGCUGCGAAAGGCGGUGUACAUGAUGCCAACAGAGGGUGAUGACUCGUCCAAGAGUGUCCCGUUGGCUCUGCAGAGAGUAUUCUACGAACUGCAGCACAGUGACAAGCCUGUGGGAACCAAAAAGCUCACCAAGUCCUUCGGGUGGGAGACUUUAGACAGCUUCAUGCAGCACGAUGUUCAAGAGCUGUGUCGCGUGUUGCUUGAUAACGUGGAAAAUAAGAUGAAAGGCACGUGUGUAGAAGGCACCAUACCUAAAUUAUUCAGAGGCAAAAUGGUGUCCUACAUCCAGUGUAAAGACGUAGACUAUCGGUCUGAUAGAAGAGAAGAUUAUUAUGAUAUCCAGCUAAGUAUAAAAGGAAAGAAAAACAUCUUUGAGUCAUUUGUGGACUACGUGGCAGUAGAGCAGCUGGACGGUGACAACAAAUACGACGCUGGAGAACAUGGCCUGCAGGAAGCAGAGAAAGGGGUGAAAUUCCUGACGUUGCCACCAGUGUUGCAUCUACAGCUGAUGAGAUUCAUGUACGAUCCGCAGACGGACCAGAACAUCAAGAUCAACGACAGGUUUGAGUUCCCUGAACAGUUACCCCUCGAUGAAUUCUUGCAAAAAACGGAUCCUAAGGACCCUGCCAAUUACAUUCUUCACGCAGUCCUGGUUCACAGUGGAGAUAACCAUGGUGGACAUUAUGUGGUUUAUCUAAACCCCAAAGGGGAUGGCAAAUGGUGUAAGUUUGAUGACGACGUGGUGUCCAGAUGCACUAAGGAAGAGGCCAUUGAGCACAAUUACGGGGGCCAUGACGAUGACCUGUCUGUGCGACACUGCACUAACGCCUACAUGUUAGUCUAUAUCAGGGAGUCAAAGCUGAGUGAGGUCUUGCAAGCGGUCACGGACCACGACAUCCCUCAGCAGCUGGUGGAGCGGCUGCAGGAAGAGAAGAGGAUCGAGGCGCAGAAGCGGAAGGAGCGGCAGGAAGCCCAUCUCUACAUGCAAGUGCAGAUAGUCACCGAGGACCAGUUUUGCGGCCACCAAGGAAAUGACAUGUAUGACGAGGAGAAGGUGAAAUACACGGUGUUCAAAGUGCUGAAGAGCUCGCCGCUGGCCGAGUUUGUCCAGAACCUGUCCCAGACCAUGGGAUUUCCACAAGAUCAAAUUCGGUUAUGGCCCAUGCAAGCGAGGAGUAAUGGAACAAAGCGACCGGCCAUGUUAGAUAACGGAGCUGAUGGCAGUAAGACGAUGAUUGAACUCAGCGAUAAUGAAAACCCUUGGACAAUAUUCCUGGAAACAGUUGAUCCUGAGCUGGCUGCUAGUGGGGCAACAUUACCCAAGUUUGAUAAGGAUCAUGAUGUCAUGUUGUUUUUGAAGAUGUAUGAUCCCAAAACCCGGAGCUUGAAUUAUUGCGGGCACAUCUACACACCGAUAUCCUGUAAAAUACGUGACUUGCUCCCAGUUAUGUGUGACAGAGCAGGAUUUAUCCAAGAUACUAGUCUUAUCCUCUAUGAGGAAGUUAAACCGAAUUUAACAGAGAGAAUUCAGGACUAUGAUGUGUCUCUUGAUAAAGCCCUCGAUGAGCUAAUGGAUGGUGACAUUAUAGUAUUUCAGAAGGAUGACCCGGAGAAUGACAACAGUGAACUCCCCACUGCAAAGGAGUAUUUCCGAGACCUCUACCACCGCGUCGAUGUCAUUUUCUGUGACAAGACAAUCCCGAAUGAUCCGGGAUUUGUCGUCACGCUGUCCAAUAGGAUGAAUUAUUUUCAGGUGGCAAAGACGGUUGCACAGAGGCUUAACACAGACCCGAUGUUGCUCCAGUUUUUCAAGUCUCAAGGCUACAGGGACGGCCCAGGGAAUCCUCUUAGGCAUAAUUAUGAAGGUACUUUAAGAGAUCUUCUACAAUUCUUCAAGCCUAGACAACCUAAGAAACUUUAUUAUCAGCAGCUGAAAAUGAAAAUCACAGACUUUGAAAACAGAAGAAGUUUUAAGUGUAUAUGGUUGAACAGCCAAUUUAGGGAAGAGGAAAUAACACUAUAUCCAGACAAGCACGGGUGUGUCCGGGACCUGCUGGAAGAAUGUAAAAAGGCCGUCGAGCUCGGGGACAGAGCCUCAGGGAAACUCAGGCUGCUAGAAAUCGUAAGCUACAAAAUCAUUGGUGUGCAUCAGGAAGACGAACUACUAGAGUGUUUAUCCCCCGCGACGAGUCGGACGUUUCGAAUAGAGGAGAUACCUCUGGAUCAGGUGGACAUAGACAAGGAGAACGAGAUGCUGAUCACGGUGGCCCAUUUCCACAAAGAGGUGUUUGGAACCUUCGGCAUUCCCUUUUUACUGAGGAUACACCAGGGCGAGCAUUUCCGAGAGGUGAUGAAGCGGAUCCAGAGCCUGCUUGACAUCCAGGAGAAGGAGUUUGAAAAGUUUAAAUUUGCAAUUGUAAUGAUGGGCCGACACCAGUACAUAAAUGAAGAUGAGUAUGAAGUAAACUUGAAAGACUUUGAGCCUCAGCCCGGUAACAUGUCUCACCCUCGGCCUUGGCUAGGGCUUGACCACUUCAACAAAGCCCCCAAGAGGAGUCGUUACACGUACCUUGAAAAGGCCAUUAAAAUCCAUAACUGACUUCCUUCCCCAGUGUGUGCAAGGCGAGGGAGCGUGCGUGGGUGCGCGCUCCUUUUUAACACCCGUAGAACUGUGGUGCACGUGCACUCUGCCCGGGGUCUUCAGCAAGAGGAUUUGCUGCUCAUGUUACUUUCUUUUGUUGAGGCUGUUCAGUUUGGCUUCUCUGUAUCUACGGACUGCCCUUUUUGAGCAAAAUGAAGCCGUUUUUAUAAAGCUUG